AUGAGCCACCUGAAAAUGCUGUCUGGCCUGUGUCCAAACCCGUGGCGGUCCUCGACGCAGCGCGACGUUCCGAAUUUGGUCUUGAAGUUCUGGGAGGAGCUUGGUGGGCGUGACCAGGCGACUGGAUUCGACGAGUGGCAUGUCUUUGAGAUCCAUGACCACCAUUAUAUCAACAGCAACCAUCCGGGGAGUGGAGGCCUUGAUGCGUUCACAGGCGAUGAGUUCACCAGUGUUCGUAUGGUCGAAAGUGAACAAUUGGGCGGGUUCAUUGCUGCUGCCGCUGACUCGGGGCUUCGAUGCCGAAACUAUCGUCGGAUACUUUGUCCGCUAUCCUUCGCUUGUCGACGAGAUAAAAAGCAUACUCAGAGGCUUGUGGUUGUUUCUUGGCCUUCAUAA